UUUGACGUUUCUUCUUCUUCUUCAUCCCCAGACCAACCAGACCCUGGACCGACGCCUCUCUCUCUCUCUCAUCAUUUUCUCUCUCUUUCUCUUUCUCUUUCUCUUUCUCUCUCUGAUUCAUUCAAGCAGAGAGAGAUGUCAGGAGGUGGUACCCAGAAGAGUAUUAGGAAAGCACUUGGAGCUAUUAAGGAUACAACUACUGUUAGUUUAGCUAAAGUAAAUAGUGAUUACAAGGAAUUGGAUAUUGCAAUUGUUAAUGCCACAAAUCAUCAUGAACGCCCAGCAAGAGAGAAGAACAUAAGAGCUAUUUUUGCUGCCGUUUCGGCUUCAAGACCUCGAGCUGAUGUUGCAUAUUGCAUACAUGGCCUCGCCCGUCGAUUAUCUAAAACACAUAAUUGGGCGGUUGCUCUUAAAACGAUGAUUGUUAUUCAUCGUGCUCUAAGGGAAGUGGACCCAACAUUCCACGAAGAAUUCAUUAAUUAUGGAAGGAGCAGAGGUCAUAUGCUCAACAUGACUUACUUCAAGGAUGAUUCUAGUCCAAAUGCAUGGGAUUAUUCAGCUUGGGUUCGCAGUUAUGCGCUGUUUCUGGAAGAAAGACUAGAGUGUUUUCGUGUAUUGAAGUUUGAUGUGGAGACUGAUCGUCCGAGAACUAAGGAUUUGGGAACUCAGGAAUUGCUGGAACAGUUACCUGCAUUGCAGCAACUUCUAUUUCGUGUACUUGGUUGCCAGCCACAAGGUGCAGCAAUCCACAAUUUUGUGAUUCAGUUAGCACUUUCUUUGGUUGCUUCUGAAAGCAUGAAAAUCUAUCAAGCUAUAAGUGAUGGUACUGUUAACUUGGUUGACAAGUUUUUUGAGAUGCAACGCCAUGAUGCCCUUAAGGCUUUAGACAUAUACAGAAGAGCAGGGCAGCAGGCAGAGAGGCUGUCGGAAUUUUAUGAAGUAUGUAAAAAUCUUGAUAUUGGUCGUGGAGAGAAAUUUAUUACGAUUGAACAGCCUCCUGUUUCAUUUCUACAAGCCAUGGAGGAAUAUGUAAGUGAAGCACCACGCAUUUCAACUGUUCGCAAAGAUCAGGUGAGUGAUGCUACUCCUAAGGUGAUCUUAGCCAUAGAACACAAGAAAACUCAAGAGGCACGCCCUCCAUCACCACCUCCACCACCACCUGAACCUGAAUUUGAACCAGAACCAGUAAAAGUUGAAGCUCCAAUUGUUAAGGCCCCUGAUUUGCUGGAUUUGAAUGAUCCUGUCACCGCUGCCGCUUCAGAAUUAGACGAGAAGAAUGCACUGGCAUUGGCGAUUGUACCUAUUGCUACUGCUGAUUAUCCAGACUCUACCAGCAGAAAUCUAGCAAAUGGAACUACAGGCUGGGAGCUAGCCCUUGUAACAGCCCCUAGCUUCAGUGAGACUGCUACAACAUCUAGCAAAUUGGGUGGUGGGCUCGACAAAUUUACACUAGACAGCCUAUAUGAUGAUGCAAUAAGACGAAACAACCAACCCGUCAGUUACAACCCAUGGGAGCCUGCACCAGUGGCCCACUCUAGCAUGCCCCAAUCAGCAGCUUAUGAUCCAUUCUUUGCCUCCAAUAAUAUGGCUGCUCCACAUUCAGUACAAAUGGCAGCCAUGGCCAACCAAAAUCAGGCCUACCUUUACCAACAACAGCAGCACCAGCAGCAACAAAUGAUGAUGAUGAUGGGACCUCAGCAUCAAAUGCAACAACAAAAUCCUUUCGGAAACCCUUAUGGAUCUAGCAUUCACCCACAUGGCACUGGUAUGCCUGUGCAAGCCGCGUAUGGUCAUUACAACACGGGAUUCAUGUAAGUAAAUAAAAACAUGUUUGGAAAUUCUACAUUCCCUUUUUUCUAGAAACAUGUGCAAAUUUGUGUUGAGUUCAUUGAGGUUGUAUCAUAUGUUGUGAAAUGCAGUUUGCUAGAGGGUCUUUUUAUUUUUAAUUUAGAGUCUCGCAUAAGAUCAUUAUUUUGGUUGAUAAAAGAAGAUUGUCAAUAAUGUAGAUGGGUAAGAUAUUUCUUGUAUUUUUGCCUGUUUCUUGAUUCUGAAGCAGGAUGAGACCAUUUCUUCAGUUUAUUGUUAUAUGUCCAUGAUUCUUACUCUUUAA